AUGAGAAAUCAAUUUUUACAUUCGACAAUCUUUGAAAAAGAGGAGGACUGCAAGAAUAACCCUUUUCUGUUCGAAAAGUUUAAUCUUGGUCUUAAAAAGGACGAAUAUCCUAGUAUGAAGUUUUCAGGGCCAUUAUUCAAAAAGUCCAAGAAUUCUGAAAGUGAAUUAAAAGAAAAAUACUUCAUAUAUACUGAGUAAAGAUCUUUGGCAGAUACAUAAGAACGUGGAAUCUUGAAUAUCAAAUACUGUAGACUAAAGAAAAUGCAUUUCACAGAUGAAGGAGGAAAUUAUGUCUAUGGCUUUAUUCUGAUGGGUAAAGGGAAUUAGAUUGAAUUUUAUCACUAAAAUAAGAAGCAUAUUGAGUAGUGGAUCGAUAUUCUCAAGGACUCAGUAAUUCUCGUAGACCUUAAAGAGGACUAUACAAUUGGAUCCCUUAUAGGAAAAGGAAAUUUUGCCAAGGUCCAUCUUUGCCGGAGAAAAACAGAUGAUAAGAGUUUUGCUUUGAAGUCUGUUGAAAAAGCUCUAAUAAGAAAAUCUAAGAGAAAUGCAGUAAUUAUUUUUAUCCAGAAACUUAACUAAAUUUUUUAGAGCUCUAUUUUACUUGAAAUUGACAUUUUAAGAUAAAUUCAGCACGAUCACAUCAUCAAACUAUAUGAAGUCUAUGAAAGCGAUAAAUAUAUUCAUUUGGUUUUCGAAUAUCUUGAAGGAGGAGAGCUUUUCGAAAGGAUCAAAUCUAAAGGACUCUACUAAGAAAAAGAUGCUAUUAAUGUUAUGAGAAAUUUGCUUCAGGCUCUGGACUACCUUCAUUAGAGAGGAAUUGUUCAUAGGGAUCUCAAACCUGAAAACUUGAUUUUGGCUUCAAAGGAUAAUGAUUACAACUUGAAGAUAGCUGAUUUUGGAUUGGCUUCUUUCAUGGAAAAAGGAUAGCUUCUAUUCUUAAGAUGUGGAUCACCAGGCUAUGUUGCACCCGAACUUCUUGAAGAUAAGGGUUAUUAUACUAAAGCUGAUAUCUUUAGCGCUGGUGUAAUACUCUAUGUAAUGUUAACUGGCAGGCCAGCUUUUCCAGGAGGAAACAUUCAUGAGAUAUUAAUGAAAAAUAAGAGAGGCGAUGUUUAAUAUCCACCUAAAUACUGGGAGAAAAUCUCUGUAGAGGCUAAAGACUUAGUUGGAAAAAUGCUUCAAAAAGAUCCAAGAAACAGAAUAAACGCCAAAGAGGCAUUAUAGCAUUAAUGGUUCAAUACUGAAAAUACAAAUAACAACGCACUGGCUGACUUCAGGGAGAAUAUUAUUCUUUUAGAGUAAGAAAUGUAACUUGACACUAAGGAUUUCAAAAGUGAAGAUAUUAAUAUGAUCACUUGUACUCCUGUACUUGCAGGAAGAGGCCUAGAUAGACAUGUGCCAUAAUCUCCGUUCUUGACUAAUAAUAGCCAUCAAAGGGAUAAUACACCAAUGCUUAGAUUCUAAAUGAGGCAGAAUGGAGAUAGUGAGAAAAUCAAUUUAGUUGGAGGUAUAAUGAUGAGGCGUGUUUUAGCUCCCGAAACUCAAUAGAAAGCAAAUGGAAAUGAGUUACCACAAAUUCCUUAAUAUAGAAAAGGAGGGCCUUAAAAUCCUCAGGCCUAAGCUAGAUCAAAAUUAGCAUCUCUCGAAAAAAAGCCUUAAGAUGAUAAAAACUUUGUAAUUAAGGUGUAGGCAAAGUAAAAUCCAGCAGUUGAAAAUGUUUAAAAUAGACUAAAAGAAGAGGAGAAAGCUAGUCAGAUUAACUAGCAUGCAUCAAGUGGAUAGUAGCCUGACGAAUAAAACUCACCCUAAUUUGCUCAUAAUUAUAAUCCUGAUGGACUUUCAAAAGUGCACGAUAAUAUGAAAAAGAAGGGAGACUUUAAUUAUAAUUCAGAUGAGGAGAUAGAUUACUACAAUAUUAAGGAUGAAAAGCUUCUCGAGACCUUUAAUACAGCGUCUUAUAGGAAUUAACAAAUCAAGCCCUUUUAACCAGGAAAUUUCAACGAUUUAAGAAUGAGAAGUGUUCCCACCAUUUUGAACAAGUCUUAGUUAAGCAGGAUUAACAGACCCUCUAAGAAGAGAGUCACCAUAAGUGAGGAAGAGAUUAAGGCACUUGGGGAGCUUUGGCAUCACUAACAGUCCGAUGUUGGAGGUGAUGGCGGAAAUGUCUACCUUUUGGAUUAUGAAGAACUUAAGAAAGUUAUGAAUGAUGCAACUGGAUCAUCACCUUAAAAAAUGAUGGUUGCAGGUAGCAGAAAUAUGGGAAGCUCAGCUGCUCCAUUGAAAAAUAAUUUAACCAUAAAUUGA